AUGACCGACAAUACCAGUCGACAGCCCAAGGCUGUUCACACUCCUGAGAUCUACAUUCGGGAGAUGGAUCUGGAAGAAUUCGAGGGCUACACCAUCGGCGGCUACCAUCCGAUCGUUAUUGGAGACACUUUCCAAAAAGGUCGAUACAAGAUUGCCCACAAGCUUGGGUAUGGGGGCUAUUCUACAAUUUGGCUCGCCCGAGACAAUACGUUGGAUCGCUAUGUCUCGCUGAAGGUCUUGAUCGCGACCGAAUCGCCACAAAAUACAGAAUCAAAUAUCAUUCGGAAACUUCAGAGCGUUGACACAUUGCACCCAGGGCAGCAGUUCAUCCCUCAUUUAUUAGAUGAAUUCUCUAUCGACGGCCCAAACGGACGACACACCUGUCUUGUACAAGAAGCGGCCAGAGGCAGCAUCGCUGCAUCUAAAGACGACUCCAUAAACCUCAUGUUUCCGACCGAGACGGCGAGGUCCAUUGCAGCUCAGCUGAUAAUGGGUGUGGCGUAUUUGCACUCACUGGGCAUAUGCCACGGAGACUUGCAUCUGCGAAAUAUCUUAUUUCGCGAUCCGCACAUCAGCCAACUCAACCCCGACCUGCUCUCUGAGAGGUUCCCUUUGGACAAAGUCCCUAUUCACCGAGUCGAUGGCGGUGCUGCCGAACCUCAUGCGCCACCAUACGCCGUCUAUCCACUGCACAUGAAAACGGCCGCCGAUAAACUAGAGGACCCCAUCAUCGCCAUCUCCGACUACGGAACAUCCUUUGUUCUAGCCGCGGAGCGCUCCCCCGAACUGCACACACCACCGCUCUUCCUGCCCCCAGAAGACUUUUUCCAAGAGCCCAUCACGUUGGCGGCGGAUGUGUGGACACUGGGCGUGAACUUGUACGAAAUUAUGGGCGAGCGGCCGCUCUUUGAAACUUUUAGCUGCGACCGAGACGACAUCAUCGCAGACAUGAUCAGCACACUGGGCCAGCCACCGGCGCGUUGGUGGGACAAGUGGGAAAAUCGACCCGAGUUUUUCCAGCCAGAUGGCUCCUGGAGACGCAACCUCGAAAGAAUCAUGACGCCCGUUUUCCGACCCUUGCAGCAACGCAUGUGGGACAUGGGACGUGGCAUGACACCCGAGACUUGUGAAUGGGACGUGGAAGGAGGCGAAAUGCAGGCCUUGGAAGACCUGAUAAGAAGCAUGCUGGCAUUCGAGCCUGCAAAACGCCCUACGGCUGAGCAACUGAUACAAUCGGAGUACAUGGUCAAGUGGGCGAUGCCCGCUUGGGAGCGGCAACUAGAGAGAACCAGAAACGCUUAG